GCACCCCACUCUUGAUAACAAUUGAGUACAUUUGAACUAAUUUUUGACCUAACCUGGAAUUUGGACCUCUACCUAUGGAAUUAUCGUUCUGUUCUUGACUUUGGACUUCGCUUUCUAAUUGUGACUUAUUUAAAUCAUGAUAAACACAGGCAAAUUAGCUGGUAAAACUCUGUUUAUCACAGGAGCAAGUAGAGGAAUCGGCAAGCAGAUUGCUCUAAAGGCAGCUCGUGAUGGCGCAAAUAUCGUUGUGGCAGCCAAAACAGCUGAGCCCCACCCAAAACUGCCUGGCACCAUUUACACAGCCGUCAAAGAGAUUGAAGAUGCCGGGGGUAAAGGUCUGGCUUGUAUUGUCGAUGUACGAGAUGAGAAACAAAUUACUGCAGCCGUUGAAGAGGCCGUGAGGAAGUUUGGUGGCAUCGAUAUUGUUAUAAAUAAUGCUUCGGCCAUUUCAUUAACCAGCACCGAAACUACAGAUAUGAAACGAUACGAUCUAAUGCAUAAUAUUAAUACAAGGGGGACUUUCUUAGUAUCGAAAGUAUGUCUUCCAUAUUUAAAAAAAAGCUCUUGGGCCCACAUACUGAAUUUAUCUCCCCCUUUGAAUCUAAACCCGCGUUGGUUCAGCUCACAUUUAGCAUAUACCAUGGCGAAAUAUGGUAUGUCGAUGUGUGUUCUGGGCAUGCAAGAGGAAUUUAAGCAGGACAAUAUCUCUGUAAAUGCACUCUGGCCUCGGACAGCGAUUGAUACGGCAGCACUUCAAAUGCUCUUAGGCGCAGACCAGAGCAAGAAGCAUGGGCGUAAACCAGAAAUACUUGCGGAUGCCGCUUAUUGGAUCUUAACGCACGAGUCCAAACCAACUGGCCAAUUUUUCUUGGACGACGAGGUGUUGUUGAAGGCGGGCGUUAGAAAUUUAGACCAGUAUGUCGUCGAUCCCAAAUAUAAAGAUGAACUACACUUGGACUUCUUCGUGGAUCCACCAGAAGGGGCGCCGAUCACCAAGGCUGUAGUAAGUGGUAAAAUUGGUGAAGUCUUUAAAUCGUUUGAAGGCAUUUUAACUGCUGAUGUGGUGAAUUCUUAUAAAUGUACAUACCAAUUUAAUAUAACCGGGGAAGAAGCCGGCAAAUGGUAUUUGAAUUUAAAGCAAGGCUCGGGGUCGUGGGGUAAGGGCGAUGUUUCCAGUGAAGCAGACACAACAUUUACGAUGGACAGUAGCAUAUUUUUAAGUAUUUUUCGAGGAAAUAUGAAAUCUACGGCUGCCUUUGUUGCGGGCAAAAUGAAAAUUUCUGGAGAUAUGAUGAAUGCAAUGAAGCUUGAGAAAUUAAUGAGCCUUCGGAAAUCAAAAUUAUAAAUAUGCAUCACCCUAUUUGUUGGUGAUAUACCCAUUACAAUGGUUAUUAUGUUAUUGCUCUUCAGUUACAUGCACGAAUAUUUUUUUAAUAAAGGUUAUUAUGACUUCUGAAUUAA